AACUUAAUGUGCUCAUUCGUAAGAUGUUAGCUAAUUAUUAUGUUCAUCUACUCUUGGUAUUUGUUUCUAGCUAAUUGUUCUUUCCUGCGAUGGCUGAAAUCAGGAUGUGUGAGUCGUUUGAGCUCUUCAAUCUUCUCAACCAGUGCAGCUGUGUGUCAAGGCUGGCAGAGAUCAACUACCUCUGUUUGAUUGAUGCUCGAGAACCCCAAGAUUACAAAAUGAGUCACAUCAUAACAGCUAAAAAUGCCAAAAUGGAUUCAGAGAGUACGUUUCUCCUGCCUGAGGCUGUGGAGGUUGACAGUAUGCAGCACGUGGUGGUAUAUGAUAGCAACACAAGCGAUUUACAUGAACAAGACAGAGCAGUUGAAUGUGCUCAGGAACUGGCCAAAGCUAGCCUCUGUCCGGUCCACAUAGUGAGAGGAGGCUUUCAGAGGUUCUCAGCUCUGUACCCUUUUUUAAGCACUGAGAAAAUCAUCUACACCAUCAUGGAGCUUGAAAACCUGAAGACCUAUCCAGUGGAGAUCAUGGCAGGACAGCUUUAUAUGGGUGAUGAGAAACUCUGCAUGGACUCCAGCAUCCUCAAAGACCUGAAAGUCUGCGCUGUCAUCAGCAUUUCGGAUAAUAACACUCUGGAAUCCAUAAAAGGGAACCAGACCAUCACUAACAUCCCUGUUGCUGACUCAGUGGUGUCUGAUUUAUAUUCAAGUCUUGAAAGGAUUUGCAGUCUAAUUGGUUCACACAUCAACAUGGCCUCUCGUGUCCUGAUAGUUUCCAGGCACGGCAGAAGCCGCUGCAGUGCUGUCACCAUUGCCUUUCUCAUGCACCACCUCAAAUACACACUGGAGGAGGCUUGGAAGUACGUGCUCAAAUGUAACCCCAACGUGAGACCAAACACUGGGUUUCUACAGCAGCUGUCUGACUGGGAGCUUCACACCAUGGGAACAAAAGUGACUGACAUCUCUGGACCUCAUUUUUACUAAAGGAUGAUGAAAUGUUAUUUUGUAGUUGAAAUUAAGGGGCAAGAGGUUAAUCCAUAAAUUAACCUAUGAAGCAGCUCAAAAUAAAAGACAGAACAGUGGACAG